AUGUGGGGCUCCCCCUGGGUGGCCUUUGGUGGCUCCUACUCCGGCGCCCUGGCUGCCUGGGUGCGCCAGCUCUACCCCGAGGCCUUUGCGGCGGCGGUUGCCUCCUCCGCGCCGGUGGAGGCCCAACUGAAGCUCAGACGGCACGAGCUCAGUUUGGUUAACACGGUGCCCAUUUGCCACUAUGGCAGGAGUGGACCUACGCCCAGGCCCACGCCGAGGCACAGCCUCGUGCUGGAGAUCCCGCUAGGAGACGUGGAUGAUGGUGGAGUCUUCAGCGAGAAGCUGCGUCAGUUGCUAAGCGGAGAGCCCCAGGUUUGCAGCGACGAGCCUCCGGAGAUUUUCUGGGCGACCAGGCCUGUGCCAAUGAUGGGCAACUUUGGGAAGCUGGCGCAGCGGGUGAGCCUGUGA